AUGCUUGUUUCUGCCAAUCAUUUGAUCUUCGAUUUUGAUUGGGACGGUGCUCGUUUCGCAGGUAAAUUUCGUAUAGGUGAUCGAGUCCAGUUGAUUGAAAAUAAUCAAGUGGUUCCUGGUGAAAUCAUCCGAAUUCAACUAACAAAACAAAAAGGAUUUUAUGCUCCACUCACUCCAUCAGGUACCAUUGUAAUCAACGGAGUGCUUGCUUCGAACUAUGCUACAGUAAGCAAUCAUCCAUUAGUCCAUCAAGUAAUGAGCAUUUACCGAUGGUGGAUUUGGCUUUUUGGUGCAUCAAAAUCGAGCGAAUCUAUUCCUUCGUUAUUGGAAGCGAUUUGGAACAUUGAAAAGAUCAUUCGCUGGUGUGAUGGACACAUACUCAUCAACAAUCACUUAUAUGAUGGUGAAUUUGAAGUAUCAGGAAUCGAUUGA